AUGGUUUUCAUCAAAAAACGUUUAGUUCAUGUUGGGAGAAUAAUUCUAUUUGCCCACGAUUAUUUUUACAAAUCAUCAUCUGACCAACUGGCUUUGACCACUUUCAACAGACUCAUACCAUCAAAUUCGUCCCGUAGUCUACAAAAUGGAACACAUCUGUGGUCAUUACGUCUUGCUGAUGAGAAUUAUUUUCGCAUAGCAAAUUUGUUACCGUGUCAGACUGUUGAAUAUGCUCGAGGAUCGCAAAGAUAUCAAAUGAGUAUAUGCAUCAAUUUCUCUACAAAUGAUUUUACCAUAACAAAUACAUUACAAGCACAGAAAUGGUUAUUCGAUCAUCGACAUCCAAGAAAUUGUUCGAGCAAACGAUUUGCUAUUAUUCGCAAAUUCGUAUGGUCAGGUUUUGGAUCAACAAUUCAUCAGAUUGCAUGGGCAUUUGGUAAAACAUUGGCCGAUGAUCGAAUCGGUGUCUAUGAAACUCCAGGUGAUUGGCUUUAUGGAAACUGUAAUUCUACCAGUCCAGAUUGUUAUUUCUUGCCAAUAGCAAACUGUUCAGUUCCGACUGUUGACCAGACGUUACUAGCAAAUGGAUUUUCACCUCGAUCGAUUGUUAAACAUGGAGAACGACGAUGA